AUGGCUAGUGAGGAGAGUUUCGCAGUGUUGGUUCACCACAGAGGAUCCAUUAAGAAGAAAACACGUUCCGGUGUGAAGUUCACUGAUAAGGAUCCUCUCUGUAUUAUCGUCAUGCCUACGACGAGGUAUGACGACCUUGUUAGCUCUGUACUGCUGAAACUUGGUCUGGAAGGUGUGAAACGGAACACCGUAAAGUACGAUUGUUUCACGAUCGGGAGUGAUGAGGACUUGCAGGUCAUGUUUCAUUGUCGCCGGCAGUUUCCAGAGGUGAGGACACCAGAACUGUUGGCAAAGUUGGUUGACGCGGUGUCCAGUUCGGGGGGUUCGAACCGGAAUACCACCACUUUAGCCACGGUUGCCGGUUCUAGCUCCAGACCUGCCGUUGCAUCUUCCUCCAUCCCUGCGUACGAGCCACCCGUCCAACCUGUCGCCUCCCCUUCGUUCGCUGUUGAUCUCCACGGUAGUGUAGGCGACGAGGUCGGACAAGGGGAGUAUCUGCCAACAUCUUUACAGUGUGCUGCACCAGCUUGUGUUGGAGAUGGAUUCUUGGAUGAUCCGGAGGACGAUGAUGUCGAGCCGGAUAUGAUUGCUAAUGACAGUGGCGAUGAUGUUGGAGCAAGUGAUCUUGCUGGGGUGGGCGGUGGUUCUAGCUCUGGCACGCAGCAGUACCCUCCACAUUUUUCCUCUUUGGACUUGGAUGCCAUGAGGCAAGGGGGGUUGCUGGGCAGCCGGCUGGAUUUGGCACUAGAGAUGCUGAAGGGUCUGCAGGUCUGA